UGAUUUGUGAGAAAGAGAGAGAGAGAGAGAGAGAGAGCGAGAGCGAGUGCACGAGUGCACGGAGAUCUGCACCGCAGUCCCAAGGACAUGCUUGCUGCCUGCCUCCUUUAUUUAUCCCCUAAAAACCCGCUCGCGCUCUUCCAUUUUCCGGUCACAUUUCCUGCCAGGAAAGGGACCGACAGGAGAAUAAAGAAGUGUAAAGCUUUCCAGCUCCCUGAUGCUCGAGCUUGGUGUAAUCUCACGGAACAGCAAGCAGCCCAUGAAGAUUAUCAAAAUAAUCCAGAAGAUUUGCUUUCCUAAGGUGAUCUAAGUAUAAUCAUUAAACAACCAUCAAACGUAAAUGAAACCCAUCGAACAGAAAUGGCAUUUCACUUAAAGGAAAGGAGACAAAAUAUAGCAGGAAAAUGAUUCCGAUCACGGAAUUCCGUCAGUUCUCGGAACAGCAGCCAGCGUUCCGAGUCUUAAAGCCAUGGUGGGAUGUCUUUGCCGAAUAUCUCUCGGUUGUCAUGCUCAUGAUCGGUGUGUUUGGCUGCACGCUGCAGGUAAUGCAGGACAAAAUCAUAUGUCUUCCUCAAAGGGUUUCUGCUCCAAACCAAACGGUGCCUUUGCUGAACCACACAGAGCUCGCAAGGGAUCCGACCAAUUCCUCUCUCCCACCUGUCUCCCCAGUGCCUGUAUCCUAUGAGAUGAAGGGACUCAAAACCAACUUGGAUCUGCAACAGUACAGCUUUGUGAACCAACUGUGCUAUGAAAAAGCUUUGCAUUGGUAUGCCAAGUAUUUUCCUUACCUGGUGCUCAUACAUACCCUUGUAUUCAUGGUGUGCAGUAAUUUCUGGUUCAAGUUCCCUGGCUCGAGCUCAAAAAUUGAGCACUUCAUCUCCAUAUUGGGAAAAUGUUUUGAUUCUCCAUGGACUACGAGGGCUCUGUCUGAGGUGUCAGGGGAGGGUCCAGAUGAGAGAGACCGCAAAAAGAACAGUGCAAGUAGAUCAAACCUUAAUACUUCCACCGUGGAGGGUAAUCUGGAGAAGACCCAGUCGCUGAGAUCUAUUCCGGAUAGGAUUGUAGUGGACAAACCAGCAGUGAGUGCACUAGACAAAAAGGAAGGAGAGCAAGCUAAAGCACUGUUUGAGAAGGUUAAAAAGUUCCGGCUUCAUGUGGAGGAAGGGGAUUUGUUGUAUCUCAUGUAUGUUCGACAGACUGUUAUUAAAGUGAUCAAGUUUGUUCUUAUUGUUGCAUACAACAGUGUUCUGGUGUCAAAGGUUCGAAUUACAGUUCAGUGUGAAGCAGACGUGGAGAAUAUGACCGGCUACAAAAAGUUUUUGUGCAAUCACACCAUGGCCCAUCUCUACUCCAAGCUCUGCUAUUGCUAUUUGUGUUUUGUAAUUGUCUACGGCUUAACGUGCCUUUAUACAUCAUACUGGCUUUUCUAUCGCUCCCUGAAAGAGUACUCUUUUGAAUAUGUGCGGCAGGAGACUGGAAUUGAUGACAUCCCUGAUGUAAAAAACGAUUUUGCUUUUAUGUUGCACAUGAUUGACCAAUACGAUCCACUAUAUUCCAAGAGAUUUGCAGUGUUUCUGUCAGAGGUGAGUGAAAACAAGCUCAAACAACUCAAUCUGAACCAUGAUUGGACCGUAGAAAAACUGCGCCAAAAGCUACAGACCAAUGCUAGUGACCGAUUGGAGCUCCAGCUCUUUAUGCUCUCAGGGCUUCCGGAUACAGUCUUUGAGGUCACCGAACUGCAGUCCUUGAAACUGGAGAUUAUUAAUAAUGUCACAAUCCCUCCAGCUGUUUCUCAACUGGAAGAUCUUCAGGAACUUUCUCUGCACCAGUGCACGCUCAAAAUCCACACAGGGGCUCUCUCUUACCUGAAAGAAAACCUUAAGGUCCUGCGUGUGAAGUUUGAUGACAUUCGUGAACUUCCUCUUUGGCUCUACAGUCUUCGAAAGUUGGAGGAACUCCAUCUGAUUGGAUCUCUGAGUCCAGAUGCUUCAAAGAACAUAACUUUGGACUCUUUACGUGACCUAAAAUCCCUUAAGACCUUGACACUCAAAAGCAACCUUACGAAGAUCCCCCAGUCAGUUGUGGACGUGUCCAGCCACUUGCAGCACCUGUAUGUGCACAACGAUGGCACCAAGCUGGUCAUGCUGAACAACCUGAAAAAGAUGACGUAUCUUAUAGAGCUUGAGCUGAUUCAUUGUGACCUUGAACGCAUUCCGCAUGCCAUCUUCAGUCUGACCCAUCUACAGAAGCUGGACCUUAAAGAGAACAGUUUGCGCUCUAUUGAGGAGAUCAUCAGCUUCCAGCACCUCCGGAAACUCACAUGCCUGAAGCUGUGGCACAAUGCAAUCUCUCACAUCCCUGAGCAUAUCAAGAAGCUGGGCAGUCUGGAGCGCCUCGAUUUUAGCCACAACAAGAUCGAGAUUCUGCCCUCACACUUGUUUCUAUGCAACAAGCUACGCAAUCUUGACCUUUCUAACAACGACAUCAGCUUCAUUCCUCCAGAAGUAGGUGUUCUCCAGAGCCUUCAGUACUUCUCCCUCUCAAGCAACAAAAUCGAGAUCCUCCCAGAUGAGCUCUUCUUCUGCAAAAAGCUGAAAACCCUCAAGCUUGGGAGGAACAAGAUUUCUGUGCUCUCACCAAAGAUUUCUUACCUGACUUCACUGAUUCAUUUGGAGUUAAAGGGCAAUCAAUUUGAAGUUUUGCCCGCUGAGCUCGGCUGCUGUCAAACCUUGAAGCGCAGUGGCCUUGUGGUAGAAUCCACCCUGUUUGACACUCUGCCUUUAGAAGUCAGGGAAUAUAUGAAAGCUGAGUGAUGUUCCUUAACCUUGGUUAAAAAAAAUCUCAGAUGUUUAGAAAAAAAGGAAACGUUACAAAUUCUUUUUAACUGAACUUGUGUCCCACUCAUAUUUUGACAUUUACGGGUGAGUACCUGCUUUUAAAUGCUUAGAUAUUUGAAAAACACAUGAUAUUAACAAAAGGACAGAAACCUCUUUGGAGUAGAAUUUAGUAUUGUAUUGUAUUGUACUUCAAAGCUGAUUUAGUUGUUUUAAGGAUUUAAGACAAUGUUACAAUUGAUCAUUCAUUUAUAUAAGCACCUUAUUAUGUAGAAUUCUCUACCAUAUCAAAGAAUAGAGAUUAGCCUCAGUGUUAACAUUGUAUUCAAAGAAUCGUUGCAUUGCAUGUAUUACAUUAUUAAUAAUGGUGAGGAUUUCGUUAUCUAUGUACAAGUUUUACAAAUCAUAAACAGAACCAUGUUGUCCUGCCAAACUGCAGUAUUUUGUCUUUAUAAAUGAAAUGACAACAUGUCUGCAGAAUCGUUACGGUUGCUAACAGUGGUGAUGGAUUGAAAAGGGCUUAUCUUGUGCAGUGAGUGUACGCCAUAGUUAGAUCCGAUGUCACACACAACUUUUUUGUUUGGAGCCUAUCAAGUUACAUGGAUAAAUCAUUGUCCUAGACUUUUACACCAAAACGACUUUAGUGAGCAAGCCAGCUCCACUUAUAGAAGUGGACUGGAGUACCAAGCUACUACACAGGUUCUAUAUCACAGUUAUUGUGUAACUUUUAUGAUAUUUUCCUUUUUUUUUUUUUUUUUUUUUUUUAGAAUUUUACAUUAUGCUAUCUAUGAGAACAAAGACCUGAAAAUGUGUAGCCAAUAGUAACCAAGUGGGUGGAACCAUUGUCUCUCUGGUCAGCCAAAAAAAGAAGAAGAAGAAAACUUGCUUUAAUUUAGUGGUCACACCACCUUCACUUUUUCUAUCGUCUUUUAUUGUUUGGCACAGGCUUUGGAAAGGAAUUUCAUUCACUGACCGAUGUUAGGGUAUGUUUGGUAAAAAAAAAUCUUUUUUUUCUUGAUUUGCUAGUUUUCCCCCCUAUUACAACAGUUUGCACUGAAAUGUUAAAAUCCCAUCAUCGUAUUCAAUAGAAUUUAGCAUGCUUAUAAUACAUAUGUAUAACAAGUGCAGAAACUGUAUCAAAAUAUACUCUAAUAUGUAUAUAUAGAUGUUCUUUAUUGAAUUAUGUAACUUGCUGGUUGGGUCAUUUUUUUCAGAGUGUUUUGAAGGUUUAUGCACUGAUUGUUAGAGGAAGUGGUGGCACUACAAUUACUUAGGUGUUCUCAGGUAAUCUGGCUAGUCCUUUUCUUUUUGCAUCACAAGCUGAAGGGAAUUCUUUCAAAAUAUACCUCCUUUAAAUACACUACGAGAGUGCUAUGGUGUGCUGUUGUAAGCUAUUUCUUUAUGAACAAAUUUUGUAUAGUAUUGCUAAUAAGCAUUUUAUAGCCUUACUGAUGGCCAGCUUUCCAGUUUUAUUAUUUUGUGUUGUACAUACAAACUUUUUCUACAGUGAUAUUUCAUCACUAUCACUACUAACUCAUAGGUUCUUACCUAUUUUUUUUUAAUCUGUCACUACCUCUCUACAGCUCACGUAUUGCUUAUUCAGCUAUAUCCAAAUAAAUUAGUGUUUGUUUUAGAUAUCAUAUACCUAGAUUCUUUUAGAUAAAAAGCAUUUGUUUAGACAAAGUUCAUGUAUAGGAAUUUUUAUUAAUAUGAUUUGGAGCUGAAAAAGUGUGCCUAUUUAAAAGGGGGCAUUAAACUUGGACUCUUAAUUGCCAUUAGUUGCCUUUGCACUGUUAUACUGUAAGAUUUUAUACUCAAGUGCUUGCUGUAGUUUUCAAACUUUUCUUUUUUUUUUUGUGCAAAAAAGAUUUGGUUAACACAAAAAAUAAAAAUGAAGAAUAUUAUGAG